UGCCACUCCACGUUAUUUCAUUUUGUAAAUAAACAAGGAAUGUUACAAAAAGUGUUGCAAUAUAAAUAAGAAGAAUCAUUUAAUUAUGCUAGUUGAUGCUACUGACAAUAGUUAGAUUCUGUAGAAUGGCGACUGCUGGUAGUACACACAAAUUUAUAGAUAUUGGGGUGAAUUUAACAGAUCCUGUAUUUCGAGGAAGAUAUCAUGGGUCUAAUAAACACCCAGAUGAUUUUGAAGAUGUUGUGGAUCGAGCCAAGAAAGUUGGAAUGCAGAAGAUGAUUAUAACAGGAGGUAAUUUAAAAGAAUCUAAAGAAGCCUUGGAGAUUGCAAAACAAGAAGAAUCUUUAUAUUGUACUGUGGGCUGUCAUCCAACAAGGACAAGUGAUUUCGAGAAAAGUGGGAAUCCCGAUAAAUAUUUAUCAGAUCUGAUAGAACUAGCUCUAAGUAAUCGAGAUAAGAUAGUUGCCGUGGGAGAAUUUGGUUUAGAUUAUGAUCGUCUUCAUUUUAGUCCAAAAGAAACUCAGUUAAAAUAUUUUGAGAAACAAAUGGAAUUAGCUGAAACGGCCAAAUUACCGUUAUUUUUACACUCUCGAAACUGUUCAGAUGAUUUUAUAGAUAUUAUCAAGAGAAAUAGAGAUAGAUUUACUGGUGGAGUGGUUCAUUCGUUUACUGGAAGUAAAGAAGAAGCUGCCACCAUUUUAAGUCAGGAUUUAUAUAUUGGUAUUAAUGGCUGUUCGUUAAAGACCCAGGAGAAUGUUGAUGCUAUGUGCUCUAUACCAACUAACAGACUGAUGAUAGAAACAGAUGCCCCCUGGUGUGAAAUAAAAGCAACUCAUGUAGGAAAUAAACUGAUAAAAACUAAUUUUCCGUGCAAGAAAAAAGAAAGAUGGGAGAAAGGAAUGUGUGUAAAAGGUAGAAAUGAACCAGCUCACAUCAUACAAGUUUUAGAAGUAAUGGCUGCUACUAGAAAUGAAGACAUCAAUGAUUUAGCUGAAACGAUGUAUCAGAAUACACUUAAAUUAUUCUUCUCUCGAGAUAAUAGCUUAUGAUGUAUAUAUUGUUUAUAUUUAUAAUA